GUUUUUUUUUACAUUUGGUAUGGUUUUAUAAUCAUUUGCAAAAUUAUUUCCAUUUAAAAGUUUUCACGUUAUAACCAUCCAAAUCAUGACAAUUUUCGCCUCCAAUUUAUUGAAAACAGCUCGUUUUACCUUGCGUAGCCUAACACCCAGCUUUACGACAAAAUGUCAGUAUUCUGUACAAGCUACGGGUAAUGAGGUUGUUAUCGAGCGUUUGGAGGGACAUCAAACCGGAAUCACAGUUUUGGGUCUUAAUCGUCCAGAAGCCAAAAAUGCAUUCAGUCUUGGUUUGGUUGAGACGUUUUCCGAUAUACUGUCUGAACUGAAACGUGACAAUGAAUCUCGUGUGGUCAUAUUGAGAAGUCUAACUCCUGGUAUCUUCUGUGCUGGUGCCGAUUUAAAGGAACGCAAAAAUAUGAAACAAGAAGACGUGAGUGCUUUCGUCAGCAGUUUACGUGAACUUUUGGUGACAAUUGAGCAAUUACCCAUGCCAGUCAUAGCUGCGUUAGAUGGUGCAGCUUUAGGUGGUGGCUUAGAAAUGGCUUUGGCUUGUGAUAUGCGUACAGCAGCAGACAGUACUAAAAUGGGUUUGGUGGAGACUAAAUUGGCAAUUAUACCGGGCGCUGGUGGAACCCAACGUUUGCCCAGAAUUUUAUCUCCAGCUUUGGCUAAGGAAUUGAUAUUUACUGCUCGCGUUUUCAACGGCAAGGAAGCAAAAGAAAUGGGAAUAGUUAAUCAUGCGGUGCCUCAAAAUGAAACUAAAGAUGCUGCUUACCAAAAAGCUGUAGCGUUGGCAGAAGAAAUUUUACCAAAUGGUCCAGUAGGUGUUCGUAUGGCUAAAUUAGCUAUUGAUAAGGGUAUACAAGUUGAUCUUAGCACCGGUUAUUCUAUUGAGGAGGUAUGCUACGCUCAAGUCAUACCUACAAAAGAUAGAUUGGAAGGUUUACAAGCUUUUGCUGAAAAGCGUAAGCCGGUAUAUAAGGGAGAAUAAAAGUACCAACAAAUAUUUUUUAUCGGAAAUGUGCAUUUAUUAAUUUGUUAAGCCUACUAUUAUACAUUUUUUAAUUCUGAAUAUAGUCGUUAAAUUUUGGCAGAGAAAAA